CAGAGUUCGGUAAUGAAAGUUUGACACGUGUACAAACAUCAUUGGCAUUCAUGGCGGCUACACGCCAUAUGACAGAGCUUCGUCUUGGCCAAGGUCCCUCUCACCCAAACCCCCCAAUUUCUAGGGGUUUUGCGUACACUCUGACUGUGCUGAUAAACACAUGGAUACGUUUUGAAGCAAUCAAUCGGUGGCUACGCCGCGUGCGGCGGCUUUCAAUUGCUUAUGUGAUUAUGUCGCCAGGGAGAGUGACUCUGAAGAUAGUGGUAUGUCAAUACCCGUUGCUAACUUGUCAAUGCCACCGGUGUUCCUCCAAUUUGGGUGAAAGGGCCGGCCCUGGCCCAGUGAAAACGGGGCACCUUUGUAGGGCCCAAGUUUUUUUGAAGCACUUCUUCCUUCGCGAGUUGCGACAGCGGCCUCCAGAGCCUUUCUUCCAGACCAGUGCCGUUCCGCCGCAUCUUUCCUUAUUGCCUCUUGACCUUCGAAAUCGGUGCAGAGAUCGCCCAAAACUUGACUGAAUGUAAAAGAAUCGGUCGCCGUGGUUCACCGCUGCAGUCCCUCUGUGCGCACCUCAUUGAGCUUUCCGGGUACUCUGCUCGGAGCACACAAUGAAGGUUUCCAUGUAUGGGUAGGGCAUGUGUGUGGAACACGAUGGAUCAUGGACACCCAUCUUUAUCAGAAAAGAAUAAGAUUUAUGCUUUACUGUAGGAUUUUUGGAAUUGGAAGUUGGCAGGAAUUGGCUCUACUUGAUCUACCAGAAAUGAUGCAUUGCAUAUAUUCGACAACAAGCUCCAAAGUCCUUGUUGUUGGACAUUCACAGGGAACAAUCAUGUCUUCAGCUGCUCUCACCUAGCCGGAUAUAGCAGAAAUGGUCGAAGCUGCCGCUCUUUGUCCAAUUUGUAAAUUGAGUAUUUCUGUAGUUAAAAUUUUCUUAGUAUUAGCUGCUCGAUCAUUGCUGAGUCGCUGACCAGGUGCGAUCGAUUAAUGGCUGCUUCUUCUUCUGGCCUUGGUGGGAAAUACGAUGUGUUCAUCAAUUUCAGAGGGGAAGACACUCGGAGGGGCUUCGUCAGCCAUCUCUACAACGCUCUGGUUAAGAAACCAAUCAACGCCUUCAUUGAUGCCGAAAAGCUCAGAAAAGGCGACCACCUUUCCGAGCUCCUGACAGCGAUUCGAGAAUCAAGGCUUUCGAUUGUAGUUUUCUCUCAAAACUAUGCUUCUUCCACUUGGUGCUUGAAAGAACUUGUGCAAAUCCUGGAAUGCAAGGAUAACCAGAUUGUACUCCCCAUUUUCUAUGAAGUUGAUCCGUCUGAUGUUCGUAAACUCAAGAAAAAUUUCGCGGAAGCUUUUGCUCAGUACGAUCGCGAUACUAACGCUGAAAUGGAAGAGGUUCAGAGCUGGAGAUCUGCUCUUACCACUGCCACCAGUUUAUCCGGCUGGGAUUCGCGAAACUACGAGAAUGAUGCAGUGCUUAUUGAGGAAAUUGUAGAAGAUGUUUAUCGGAAAUUGAUCGACAUCUCUUCAUCAUCAAGGAAAGAGAAUGGCUUGGUUGAAAUGGAUUCUCAUAUGCAGGAAAUGCAUUUAUUAUUAUAUCCUCCCGGAGGUGAAACGAAUAAUGUUUGCGUUGUUGGAAUAUGGGGUAUGGGUGGUUUAGGCAAAACAACCAUCGCCAGAGCUGUUUAUGAUGAUAUCGCUUGUCAAUAUGAAGCUUGUUGCUUUCUUGAAAAUGUCAAGGAAGAUUUCAUGAAGCACGGCAAACUACAUAUGCAAACAGAACUUCUAUCUAGUAUCUCGAACAACAAGGUGGGGAGUUACGACAUUUCGAAGAAAGGUUUCCAGGUGAUGUUAAAAAGCCUUGGUCCGAGAAAAGUUCUUAUUGUUGUUGAUGAUGUGGACGAAUUAGAACAAAUUGAAGCUUUACUUGGAGACCAACAUUCAUUUGGUGGUGGAAGUAGAAUUAUUAUAACUAGAGAUUCGCAAUUACUAAGCAUAGCUGAUGAGAUAUAUAAGCCCAAUAUUUUAAGUGCUUAUGGAGCUCUGGAACUCUUUAGGCGGUACGCCUUUAGGAAAAACCAACCCAAUAGAGAUUAUGAUGAUCUCUUGAGUCGUGCCGUAGAAUAUGCUCAAGGUCUGCCUUUGGCACUCAAAGUCUUAGGAGCUUUUCUUCUUAACAAAACUAUACACGAGUGGAAAGAUGAGUUAGAAAAAAUAAGGAAAAUCCCGCAAAGGGGAAUUCAUGAUGUGCUUAAAUCAAGCUUCGGUGGACUAGAUGAAACAGAGAAGGACAUCUUUCUAGAUAUUGCAUGUUUCUUUAAAGGGAUGAAGAAAGACUGUGCAAUCGAAAUUCUGGACAGUUGUGGUUUCCAUCCUCAUACAGGAAUAAGAGUUCUGAUCGAUCGAGCUCUCAUAACUGUCUCAGGGAAGGGGGAACUGGAGAUGCAUGAUUUAUUAGAGGAAAUGGGUCGAGAAAUCGUCCGCCAAGAAUCUAUCAAAGAGCCUGGGAGACGAAGUAGGUUGUGGAGUUUUGAAGAUGUUCAUCACGUGCUAACUCAAAAUACGGCUACGAAAGCAGUUGAAAGCAUAAUCGUGGAUUUCUCAUGCUCAAAGUGGGAAUGCGUAAAUGCUGAAGCUUUUGUUAGUAUGACUCAACUAAGACUUCUCAAGAUCGGUCAUAGGGGCUACCCUUUUAAACAUGAUUACUGCAAACACCACCUGACUGUGACCUUUAAGUUACUUAACUUGAGGUAUCUCUCCUGGUUUUAUUUCCCUCUCAAGUCUUUGCCAUCCAACCUUCAAUUCAAAAAUCUUUUGGAACUUGACAUGCAAUAUAGUCUCAUUAACCGACUUUGGGAAGGAACCCAGAUGCUGGAAAAGUUGAAAUUCAUCAAUUUAAGUUAUUGUAUAUACCUUAAGGAAACCCCUGACUUCACAAAUGUGCCAAAUCUUGAGAGGCUAAUUCUUCAAAGUUGUAUAAGAUUAGUUGAGGUUCACCCGUCUAUUUCGACUCUUACAAACCUUGUUUUAUUGAAUCUGAAUGGGUGCAUAGAACUUAAGAUUUUACCCAGCAGCAUUCGUAUGAAAUCUCUCAAAACCUUUAAUCUUUGUGGCUGCUGUAGUCUUGAGAUGUUUCCAAAGAUUUCAGAAGUGAUUGAGGGGUUAGAAGAGCUUGAUUUAUCCGGGUCAAAAAUUAAAGAGCUGUCCUCGUCAAUCAAUAAUCUCACGGGGAUGAGUCAUCUGAACCUAAAAAAUUGCAAGGAACUUAAGAGUCUUCCAAGCAGCAUUUGUAUGAAAUCUCUCAAAACCUUUAAUCUUUAUGGCUGCUGGAGUCUUGAGAUGUUUCCAGAGAUUUCAGAAGUGAUUGAGGGGUUAGAAGAGCUUGAUUUAUCCGGGUCAAAAAUUAAAGAACUACCCCCGUCAAUUAAUAAUCUCACGGGGUUGAGUCAUUUGAACCUAAAAAAUUGCAAGGCACUUAAGAGUCUUCCAAGCAGCAUUGGUAUGAAAUCUCUCAAAACCUUUAAUCUUUUCGGCUGCUCGAGUCUUGAAAUGUUUCCAGAGAUUCCAGAAGUGAUUGAGGGGUUAGUAGAGCUUGAUUUAUACACGUCAAGAAUUAGAGAAUUGCCAUCAUCAAUUAAUAAUCUCACGGGGUUAAGUUAUUUACGCCUAGAUGAUUGCAAGGAACUGAAGUAUCUUCCAAGCAGCAUAUGUCAACUCAAGUACCUUGUCUGUCUCUCUUUCUGGUUGUACAAAAUUUGAGGUGUUUCCAAGCAUUGAAGAAAAUAUGGAAGGAUUAAGAGAGCUUUUCUUGGAUGGAACAUCUAUCAAAGAGCUUUUCCCCUGGAUUGAACGGCUUACGGGGCUUCAGUAUUUAAAUCUGAUAAACUGCAAAAGACUAGUACAUCUUCCUGACACUCUGUAUUUGGCACGCCUUAUCAUACACACAUAGCUUCGUCUUGGCCUUGGUCCCUCUCCCCCCAACCCCAAAUUUCUAGGGGUUUUGGGGUGCUCUCUGCUGAUAAACAAAUGGUUACGAAGCUCUGUUUUGAAGCAAUCAAUUGGGCACUACUCCGCAUUGCGGCGGCUUUGGUGGAAUUGGCGUGGUCAGACGGCUAGCCACGGCCGGAUUUCUUCAAACCCCAAGAGGUGGCAUUUCCAAGGAGUGGUACAUAACUCCGCCGCCAUAACUGUCUCAGGGGCGCAGGAACUAGAGAUGCAUGAUACAUUAGAGGAAAUGGGUUGAGAAAUUGUCCGCCAAGAAUCUAUCAAAGAGCCUGGGAGACGAUGUAGGUUGUGGAGUUAUGAAGAUGUUCAUCACGUGCUUACUCAAAAUACGGUGAGAAAUCUUUUUCUUAUGCAAUUGUAAGUAGAAAGCUUCAACUUUUGACCAAAAUCAAUUUCUUAAGCCUGAUUGAUACCCAUUUUUGUUUUAAUUUUUAAUUUUUAGUUUUUAUUGUUUUAAUAAUUGAAAAUUGAAAACAAUUCAACUAAAAACGAAAUGAGAGUUUAAACGAAAUGAUUAUCAAACGGCUCCUUAAGAAACAAGCAUUAAUUUCAUAAUCUAAACUGAGGUUCUCUGUAUUUUCCUUUACUUUGAUUUGCACAUGCUACAAAAGCAGUUGAAAGCAUAAUCGUGGAUUUCUCGUACUCAGACUGGGUAUGCUUAGAUGCUGAAGAUUUUAUUAGUAUGACUCAACUAAGACUUCUCAAGAUCAGUCAUAAGUACUCAAUUUUUAAACAUGAUUACUGCAAACACCACUCGAUUGGGCCCUUUAAGUUACUUAACUUGAGGUAUCUCUCCUGGUUUGAAUUCCCUCUUAAGUCUUUGCCAUCCAGCUUUCAAUUCAAAAAUCUUGUUGAACUUGACAUGCAAUUUAGUCUCAUUGACCGACUUUGGGAAGCAACCGAGGUACGUACAAUCAUUACAUGUAUUUGUUUCUCUUAAAUGUUUGGGUUUUGAGUGAGAUGUCUUAUGAAGUAAUGCUUGUUUUCCUGAAUGUUUUAACAGACGCUGGAAAAGUUGAAAUUCAUCAAUUUAAGUUAUUGUCAAUACCUCAAGGAAACCCCUGACUUCAUGAAUGUGCCAAAUCUUGAGUGGCUAAUUCUUCAAAGUUGUAUAAGAUUAGUUGAGGAUCACCCGUCUAUCUCGACUCUUACAAACCUUGUUUUAUUGAAUCUGAAUGGGUGCCAAGAACUUAAGAUUCUACCCAGCAGCAUUCGUAUGAAAUCUCUCAAAGGUUCUGUUGGAAAUUUGGUGCCGCGUGAUCUGAAGUUUUCAGAAGAAUCGCUGUGAUUCGUCCUUGCAGAUGAAGGUUUCAAUGUAUGGGUAGGGAAUGUGCGUCAAACACGUUGGAGUCAGGGACACACAUCUUUAUCAGAAGAGAACAAGAUUUAUGCUGUACUGUAGGAUUUUUGGGAAUUGGAGUUGGCAGGAGUUGACUCUAUUUAAUCUACCAGAAAUGAUGCGCCGCAGAUAUUUGACAACAAGCUCCGAAGUCUUCGUUGCUGGACAUUCACAGGGAACAAUCAUGUCUUUAGCUGCUCUCAUCCAGCCGAUAUGGCAGAACUGGCUGAAGCUGCCGCUCGUUUGUACAUUUUGGAUUCAACAUGUGAUGGCUAUGUUGACCGUUUGGAGUGCUUGUGUAUGAUUUUGCUUUUGAUCGUCAGGGUUUCGGUACUAUGUUCCCCCGGCUGUAUGUUUUUUCUUCAAGUAAUAUAAUAUGGGCGUGAGGGCCUAGCCCUCUAGCUUUGAUUGGGUUCCAGCCCUCUUUAAAUAUUUUUUUUUUACUUUUUGCUGUUGUACUGGACAAAAGGCACAUUUUGAGGGUUCGCGGGCACCAAAAAACCCAGGAACACCCCUGGUGGUCUAAUAUCCUUAUGGAUAGGUGUUAAGUUUUUAUCUAUA